AUGGCUCCCAAGGUCGCUAUCGUCUUCUACUCCAUGUACGGCCACAUCCUCAAGCUGGCCGAGGCUGAGAAGGAGGGUAUCGAGGCCGCCGGCGGUAAGGCCGACCUCUACCAGAUUGAGGAGACUCUUCCUCAGGAGGUCCUCGACAAGAUGCACGCCCCCGCCAAGUCCAGCUACCCCGUCGCCCAGGCCGACACCCUGAAGGACUACGAUGCCGUGCUCUUCGGUAUCCCCACUCGCUACGGUAACUUCCCCGCCCAGUGGAAGGCCUUCUGGGACCGCACCGGUGGCAUCUGGGCCUCUGGUGGCUACUGGGGCAAGUACGCCGGUCUCUUCGUCUCCACCGGCACUCUCGGUGGUGGCCAGGAGUCCACCGCCAUUGCUGCCAUGAGCACCCUCGCCCACCACGGCUUCAUCUACGUGCCUCUCGGCUACAAGACCGUCUUCCCUCUCCUUGCCAACCUGGAGGAGAUCCACGGUGGCAGCGCCUGGGGUGCUGGUACCUUUGCUGGUGCCGACGGCUCCCGUCAGCCCACGAAGCUCGAGCUUGAGAUCGCCAAGGAGCAGGGCAAGGCCUUCUACGAGCACGUUUCCAAGGUCAGCUUCGCUUGA